UACAUCCUGUCAUUAUCAAUCUCCAAUAUAAAGAUGCAAAAAAAAUUCCAGUUUCUGAUAGUACUAGAACUAGAAGUCAUAGCGAGUAUUAUUGCUGAUAACUGUAAAAUAAAGUAUGAACACUCAAGAAACAAUAGUGAAGGAAGAUAAUCAUAUAAUUAAUGAUGGUGUAACUAGCAAUGAAGGGAGAUUAUUGAACAAAAAAGAGAUAGUGAAGGAGGCGAAGAAACAAAUAAAGUUAGCAGGGUCUCUAAUGGCGGUUAAUUUCUUGUUGUUUUCAUUACAAGUUAUAUCAGUUAUGUUUGUUGGUCAUCUAGGAGAGCUCCCUCUCGCUGCUGCUUCUAUUGCUACUUCUUUCGCCUCCGUCACAGGUCUUAGCUUGCUGAAAGGAAUGGGAAAUGGACUGGACACAUUUUGUGGUCAAUCUUAUGGAGCAAAGCAGUACCACAUGGUAGGCAUACACAAGCAACGAGCAAUGGUAGUUCUCCUCUGCGUCAGCAUUCCCCUUGCUUUUAUAUGGGCAAACACAGGAAAAAUUCUUGCAUUUAUUGGACAAGAUACGAAAAUCUCGGUAAAAGCAGGAAUAUAUGCUCAUUACAUGAUUCCUAGCAUAUUUGCAUAUGGUCUUCUUCAAUCUCACAUUGGAUUUCUUCAAGCUCAAAACAAUAUUGUUCCUAUGAUGCUUACUACUGGAUUUACAACUCUACUGCAUAUACUUGUGUGUUGGUUGAUGGUGUUUAAAUCUGGUUUAGGCUUCAAAGGUGCGGCGUUAUCAAAUGCUAUAUCGUAUUGGACUAAUCUGUUGUUGCUAGCUAUUUAUGUGAGGGUGUCUCCUACUUGUAAAGAGACAUGGACUGGUUUCUCGAAGGAGGCUUUUCGUGGUAUUCCUGAGUUUCUUAGACUUGCUGUACCUUCUGCACUUAUGUUUUGUUUGGAAGCAUGGACAUUUGAGAUGACGGUUCUACUUGCUGGUUUCCUUCCAAAUCCAAAGCUGGAAACCUCUGUUCUCUCAAUCAGUCUCAACACAUGUAUAGCAUUAUUCAUGCUACCAGCCGGAUUAAGUGGAGCAAUAAGCACAAGAGUUUCCAAUGAACUAGGGGCCGGACGACCACAUUUAGCUCGAUUAGCAGUAUGCGUAUCAACAUUGAUGGUGGGAAUAGAAGGGAUCUCAGCUGCAUGUUUGUUAAUUUUGGGGCGCAAUUUUUGGGGAUAUUGCUAUAGCAGAGAAGAGGAGGUUGUCAAAUAUGUUGGGAAAAUGAUGAUUCUUAUUGCAAUAUCACAUAUUCUUGAUGGCUUUCAAGCCGCCAGGCGAGAGUGGCAGAGAUCGAAGUGGUGGUCUUACAUUGCUAUGGGACGACUCCUUUUUCUUUUCUAUCUCUAUCUUUCUCCUUUCAUCACAUUUGGAAUGUAAGGAUGGGGGAGAAUCAAGUAUAACCAACUGGAAAUGAAAAUCUUCACUUUCUGGAUAAAGCGGAUUAGUAGCAUAGCAAAAAUGCGUUCCUCGUCAUGUCAUUAAUAUGUUUUAUGUUUGCUCGCGGUAAUUGUAGCCUCUCGGGAGAAUCAAUGACUGCAUCUUUGAUGCACUGCUAGUACAUCCGAGAAUUCUUAAUUGGCUAGUUGUAAAUAGCCCCGAACAAAAGAUUAUCCCGGACCUACACCGAGGUAUUGACGGAGAUUUGAAAAUAGCGCAGAACAGAAUGAGAAUGUGAUACGACGAGAUAGAAAAAAAGACAGGGAAGGGGUCACCCACUUACCUACUCAUAACGGUCAAAGCGAGCCCCUUCAUUUCAUUCUGAAUUAAAGA